AUGACUUUCGGCUAUCCCUUCUUAAUUCCUCGCCGCUACUGGAUCUGGGACUUCGAGUGGCUGAUUAUCCGGAAACUGGGGUACCUCUUCCCCGUGAGGAGAACCAUAGCAGCGGAGCAGGGAAUGAAUGGGAAGAUCGAAAGGUUGGAAGAAGAAAGGAGAAGACCAAAGGAAUAUGACUCCAUAGGGUUUUUGUGCGCAGCCAGAGAACAAAAACGAAAGGAACAGAAACAAGUUUAUACACUCAUCUUUUUCAUUCCCGCAACUGCACUGCGCAGUCACAGGAAAACGCCGAUUCCCGGAGUUUUCACCGUUGGAUCGUCACCAAAGUUGGACAGCAGGGAGAAUCCGACUGGCAAAGGCAAAGAAAAGAAGGCUGGAGAUGGUGAAGACGGUGAGAAGGUAGCGACGGCUACCGAUGACUUUCUUAUCAUUUAUGAAGGCGAUGUCGUCAAUGUCGCUUGCCAGGAGACUAGUUGGGUGAUCGAUAGCGGUGCUUCAAUUCAUGUCACAUCGCGAAGGGAUUUCUUCAGGUCCUACACUCCCGGUGACUUCGGAAGUGUUAGGAUGGGAAAUGAUGGUAUUGCUAAGGCAGUUGGCAUGGGAGACGUGCACUUGGAGACUGAAAAUGGCAACACCUUAGUUUUGAGAGGUGUGAAGCAUGUUCCCAACAUUCGCAUGAAUUUGAUAUCUACCGGCAAGCUCGAUGAUGAAGGGUUUUGUAACACCUUUCGAGACGGAAAGUGGAAACUCACCAAGGGAUCCUUGAUUGUGGCGAGAGGGCAAAAGUAUUCUUCAUUGUACGUGAUGAACGUGAAGAUUGUGGAUCCUAUGAUCAAUGCAGUGGAUGAUGAACGCACUGUGGAACUUUGGCACAACCGACUUAGCCACAUGAGCGAGAAGGGUUUGACAGUGUUGGCCAAGAAGAAUCUCCUCCCAGGUGUGAAAACAGCGAAAGUGCACACGAGUGAGAAUGGUGCAGACAUGAUGACGAAGACUUUGCCGAAAGAGAAGCUUGAAUCACAGGAAAACGCCGAUUCCCGGAGUUUUCACCGUUGGAUCGUCACCAAAUUUGGAAAGCAGGUUCAUAACUUCUUACUCUUCGUUUUGAACGGUGGAGAUUGGAUUUUGAGCACGUUUGGGCUGUCUGUUCGAUCACCCUCCAUUUCUUCGUCUUGUCUUUGCAAGUUGCUUACUUCGGGUCUCGCCGGUCUCCUUCACGAAGCCAUUGAGGGCGAAGUGCCUUCAUCUGUCGAGUUUCAAAAGGUGAAAAAGGCCUAUGACGCCGAGGCUACUAAAGCCAAGGCGCUAUAG